AUGGAGAGAAAGCGAAAAAAAGAUUCUUAUUAUUAUGGCAAAGAUCAUUUCUUUGUUAUGAUUCUAUUAUCUUGUCUAUUGCUACUAUCCACUUUAGUUCUCACAGUAGAAUCAUUCAAUGUCGAACCAACAAUAUUCUAUGGAGGUGAUGUGGUUUGGAUCACUCUGGACAAUGUUGUUGCAGAUCCUUCCCAACUCUCUGUUGUCUUACGAAGAAGUGAUGCAAUCACUUACGAUGUCCAAAUGGAGUUUGAACGCAGUAUCAGUGAUUUGAUUCAUGUCUUUAGUUUUGAUCAAUCUACCCAAAGAAAUCCUCCUCCACGCGGUGUCGUUCUUACAUACCAGAUUGUUGUAGACAACUAUAACCCGGUCCAGGUCUAUUUUGCACAGUCUUCAAAAAUUAUAGGAUUCUCAACAUCACACCUUUUAACUGAUUUACAAAAUGUGGAGAUUGAUAUUUAUGGUGAAAAUCUCAUUCCCAUCGCUAGUUUUAGUGAUGUCAUAGAAGUGUUCUUUGUAGCAGAUCAAAUACAGGAUAUACCUUGUAUUGUUCAAUAUCCCAUUGCAGAUACAACCAUUAGAUGCACGUUGGCAUCAACACCCAAUACCCCAACAACUCUUCUCGCUAAAAUCAAAUACCAAUCCCUUUACAAUCCUCCAGCCGAUUACAUUGUGUCUAUCACUUCUAUAUAUGUUAAUGAUUAUCUAAUAUUAACGGGAAUGAAUCCAAUCCGAGGUUAUUCCGGUCAAGCUCAAGCAAUAACUUUUACUGCCAAUGUUAAUAUCAAUAGACCAAUUGAUAACUUGCAAGUUGUUUUUGUUCAAGUUGGUGGUCAAUUUUCAAUCGUAUGUCAAGGCGCAAAUCUUUUAAAUGGCUUGGUCACUUGUACACUUCCAAUCAUUCCCAACAUUGCUCCAGGUUCUUAUCUAGAACUAAGACCCGAUGUUAGCUAUGGAACUUUAAAUAGAGCGCCAGCACCAUUUACUUAUGUCACUUCUAGUGCUUCACAAAUUGGAAAUAUUCUAUCAAGAAAGCUGAUCAUUUCUGGUUCAGAGUAUGUCACAAUCACUGGUACCUUUUUUGACCACCCUACUCUGUUAACCAUUGAUGGAGUUGUGUGUACUAUUCAACAACCAACAACAUGGACUACUAUUACAUGUUUGACGGGUCAAUUCAAUGCUGAAAACCCAUCUGCCACUCUUUCAUUAACUAUUGGAAACGAAGUUAUUCAAUUACAAAAUGCUUUUGAAAUUGCAAGAUUGCAUAUUAUGUCGGUACCAUCUUUUGCUCUUUAUGAUAGUAAUACUGUCCCAGUUACUACCACCAUGAGAAUAGGAUUUACCGGUGUUAUACCUGAUGGUACCUCUGUCAGAGUAAUUUGUGGAGCCAGUCAAUUUACUCCAUCAACUAUUAGGGUCAUCUCCAAUAUUUUAUCAUUUGAAGUCUCUUCAGCUGGUUUUACCGAUGGAGCGUCCUGUCAAAUUGCAAUGAUACUUGGUACAAAUGGACCUACAAAUGAUCUUGGUCUUUUUACAUUUAAAAAACCAAUCAUUACAGUUGACCAAAAUACAUUUCAAUCUUUUAUUUUCAAAUCAAACAAGGCUAAAAUUAAUUUGAAAACCAAUGUUGAUGGAGAAACAUUCGUAGGGUUUGCAGUUGACCUUUUACUUGUUAUCCCUGCAGGUGAUACUAUUGUCGCCAAAGGAAAUGUAUUACCUGAUAAUAUUGUUGAGUUUAAUGUUCCAUCUUACUCUUUAGACACAACAAUCACUUCAGCUCUUGAAGCUACAUGUAAAACAAUCAGAAUUGAUAAACAUGACUAUACAAUUCCCACCCAAAAUUAUAGAUAUACAGUACCUAAAAUUACUCAAGUCGAGUUUAAAAGUACUGGAUUUGAAAUAAAAGGGGAUGAUUUGAAUCUUAUUGGCCAAGGUUUCACAACAAAGUUUAUGUUGGAUGAUAUUGUUCUUGGACAAUGCGCACCUUCUUCAAAUACUCUGGUCGUUUGUACCGGAUACGGUUCAUCUACCCAAGCAAAGACGAUACGUUUGAUUGUGAAUGAAAAGACAGAAUUCAAAUUCGAUCUUUCUACCGGCGCCGGUAUUACUAUCGUUGGACCUGUGGCAACAGAGAUCAAACCAAGAUUAUCACAUUUUUCCGAUAGAUCAUCCAUCACAAUUAAAGGUACUGGAUUUACAGCACAAUCCUUGGUUACAGUUGGUGGAUUACAAGUUGCUGGUUGCAACUCCCAUGUAGGCACUACCAAUAUCAUUUGUCCCAAACCUCUUGGUCUUGAACCAAACGAUGACGCCACUCCAUUCCAUGAAAUUAAAAUUGAUGGUGUCGUUCAAUCGGAUAUUUCUUAUAUGGUCCAUGUAGUCUCUUGUUUGGGUCAAUCUAUCAGUUCAUCGAUUGAUCCCGGACAACACUAUGAUUAUUUGCCAAAGAAAUGGUGGUUCAACUAUAGAUUGGCAACAACAAAUGACGAUUAUCUUUAUGCCGAUGAAGGGGACCAGAAUCUAAGAUCUUUUACCCCAUUGAAUACUCAUACUGAUCCAGCUACUGGAAUAAAAGACGAUGAAGGAGGUGGCAGUCAUCCUUACGGUCAUACCAAAGGGUUUGUAAUUUGGCAAGAACAUAAUAGUCAAGUAUAUGGAGUUCAUGUCUUGCACUCGAACCCAGCUUUUCCACCAAAUGAUUAUUUUGACCCUGUUUUCACACCCGACAGACUUAGGUAUAUAGGAAAGACAACAUUCAAGCAACAUUAUUUUUGUCGUUCUUUUGUUGGAUUGGAUGAGCUCGACAAAGUUGGAGAUUAUAUUAUCAUCAACAAUGCAUUCAUGUACAAGAAACAUGUUCCUGGGACUAUAUCUGACAAAAUGAAAUCCAUACAUGCAGGAGAUGGUACAACAUUUAUGAAUAAUUGUGAUCCCGAUGUCAUGGGACCCACUUGCUUAAAAAGCUAUGAUGCAUCAGGUGAUGGAAAGUAUUUUGCCAAAACUUCAAUGAAAGAUACUAUGCCCUUGAACCCACUCCUACCAGCUGGUGGUUUCCCCAUUUUACCAAAUGCUGGGGUACCCACACAUAAUGCUCCAACCAAACCAAGUUACUAUCCAACUCAAUAUCUGCACCAGCAAAUAGGAAACAAUCAACGUUUCUUGACAUUUUAUACCAAUAAACACGAAAAAUGUGUCGCACCAACCCAACCACCUACGCUCCCUUGGGAAAAUCGGUAUUGCUAUCCAAUUACUGGCGUGGACACAUGGGAGUAUGCUGCUCGUACUCUUGGCUCACAACUCUUUGUUCAAACUUUCAGAAAAGGGCCAGCUUUGAUCCCAUCGCCCUAUCUUGUAAAUGUUUAUGAAAAAAUUAUCCAUCCAGACACAAAAAAACACAAAGAUUCCGCUGACCACGCCAAGAUUGCAUACACUUUUCGACCCACAUCCAGAGGUGGUACCACUGGAGACUGGUUUUGUGUCGGUGAUAGUAAUAGAGCUUUUGCUCAGGUUGGAAGAGGUGGUGGAGUAUUUUGUUUACAAGCUCCAACUUUGGUAGAUCAGUUCCACAGCGCUAUAAUUGGUUAUAAAUCAGUUGCACCUAUUAAUCCCGCGCCACCACCAAAUACAAUGGUCGAGUAUGGAGUUUCUCACACUGAAAAUGAACAUGUAGUAAGAUCAAGAAGUACUGCAUUGUCUAUUCAAUUAAACACUGUUCUCGGCUUUCAAAACCCAGUGACCGUCGAACUUUAUGAAUCAGUCUCGUAUCAAGCCAUUCCACCAGUAUUCCAAGAGUACAAACUGUUGCCUUUCGAUGUUCUCAGUUUCAUUGGAACAAAAAGAAUUAGAUACAAUGCAAUCCGUACUGAUGUUGCACCCGCAACGUCAGAGACUCCAUUCUCUCAAAUUGCCGAUAUCCUACCGAUAGGAACAAACGUUUUUACACCGCCAGAGGAACUUGUAGCCGAACAAGCACUUAAAGUCAAAUACUAUGCAAAUGACGAUUUAGUUGCUUCGGUGUGUAACCCCAACCCUCCCAACCAUCAUUGUCACCAAUUAUCACACUAUCGAACCGAUCUAAUCGCAUCUUCAGCAUUCCGCCCUCCUCGCGCACAGUACCUUAUUUCUGAUAUUGUUGAUUACCAAAGAAUCCAUCACACUUGGUUGAUUCAACAAAAAUUCAAUUCACUUGUACAAUCGCAACUACCAAAUAUGACCAAAGUCAAGUAUAUCAUCAAACAACCUCAACUAAAUACCAUAUCCAAUUAUGAUACUCAAAAUAGAGUGAUUGUUUUGAAUGUUGCUGGAAACGCCAUUUGUCAAGAAGAACAAACCUAUCUAUUAUUACUUGCCUACUAUCAUAAUAGAACCAUUCAGGAACCUUCCCAACUAGUAACUGGCAUUUAUGGAAAUCUACAACAUAACUCUCAGAAAACAUUUGUCAAUGGUAUUCUUUUGGCUUUGACAAGGUAUUUACAUAAUCAAGCUGUUGGAUCCACAGUAACCAGUUUCGACCAAUGCUUUGUUUUAGCUCAAACUCACAACUUGGCAAAUUUACAAUUAGGACCUGAUGAUUAUUUAAAGAUGGCAUCUGCAUUUUGGGCAAUUUUAAAUGCUAACCCAUCAUUGAUGACUUUUGGCUCGGUUCUAAAAACUCUAACAACUAUAAGAGUUCAAGAUGAAGGAAUUGAUAAUUUUGAAAAGUUUUAUGCCAAACAAGAGAAUAUUCUAAAGAAUUAUAUAGGUUUAUUUAGAACAUUAGAGUUAUUACCACCUGCACCAAAUCCAAUUGCUGGUACUGCUCGCAUUUUAUCAUCCUCAUCCUCCUUUUCCCCCGCCAGUUCAUCAAUUGCUCACCUCUUGAAAGUUUUAUCAGAAAACUAUCCAAACAACUAUGACGUUGACAGUAUCACUCGAGAAUUGUAUGGAUCUGGACCAGUUCAAAGCACUUAUUAUUCGGAUCUAAAGGGUGCUCUCGAUCAAUGGAUCAACAUUCAAGAUAAAAACCAAGGAGUACAAACUCUAUUCAUCGAUAUUCUAUCAAAUACACAAACACUUGGAGCUAUUGAAAUGCUUGACAAGAUUAAUUCAAACCAACAUGGUGUUGAUAUUGAUAUUCGUACUUCACAAUCUGGUAUCAAAUUUAUAGCAACAUUAUCAACGAUUGUUCAAAUCACUACGUUACUUGUUUCAUUUAGAUCACAUCCAUCAACAUUGAUCAAGAGAUAUGGUAACGAUUUUGAAUUAUAUUUUGUUCCAGUGGAAAAUGGUGAUGAAGGAUUUUUAGUUGCAACCCUCAACAACAAACUUUGUGACCUACAAAAGAAUACAAGAACCAAUUUUGAAUUGUCAACUCCUGACUUGUCAAAUGGUAUCUGUCGUCAAGCCACAGAUAUUAUCACAUCAGUUACACCAUUGAGUGGAUCUACUGUUGGUGGUUUUAGUAUCAACGUAGGAGGUAUUCAUUUUAGUUCAAACUCUAAAGUUAAAAUUGGAAAGACUAUUUGUGAAUCAACGCUAUUCAUUUCAACGACCAUGUUACAAUGUAUUGUUCCACAUGGUAUUGGAAACAACCAUAUCGUUUCAACUGGUUCAUCUUCAUCCUCUGGUCUGAUUGGACUCACUCGAUUCCAUUUCAACUAUUUCCAACCAACAAUAAUCGGUAUUCAAAGCCCAACAUUAGUAUCAAAUCUCAUUACCAUAACAGGUAAUUAUUUUGGUAAUAAUGCUCUCUAUAUUAAUGUAAAGGUUGGAGACAGUGAUUGUGACAUUGUUUCAAUCCAAAAUGAUCGUAUCAUAUGUAAACCAACAUCUAAUGAUUUUGGUAUUGAUAGAACUGUUUCAAUCCAAUCAACCAACCCCAACUCCAACUCCAACUCUUUGUAUACAACCAAUCUAAACAAAGCCAAUAUUGAUACAUCAUUGGUCUCUUUUAGACCACCCAUUAUUCAUUCAGUCAGUCCAUCGACCACUGUUCAUGUUGGUGAAACCAUUUAUUUGUAUGGAAAGUAUUUUGGAUUGAAAAACAGUGAUUUUGGUCCACACGUUACAAUCAACAAACAAAAGUGUCAAGUUCUCGACUACUCACCAGAAGUGAUUACCUUUAUCGUACCAAAAGGUAGUGGAAGUAGCCAGAUUGUCGUCAAUGUUGGUGGUCAAACAGCUACGAUGCCAGUAACAUACGAUAUUCCCUAUGUUGAUUUCGUCACACCAAAACUAUUCAAUACCUCUGGUGGUCAAGUAAUGAGAAUACAAGGUGAUUCAUUGGGAUCGUCUAUUUAUGACAUCGACUCUAUCAACUUUUACUUACAACAACCAAUACAAUGUCAACCAUUUAACCUUCUCAUGGAAUGUACCAUUCCAGCUGGUGUUGGUAAAGAUAUUCCACUAACUGGAACAAUCAAUGGAAAAACAAUGAUACCUUGGAACACCAAACCUAUAUUGGCUUCUUAUUUACCACCAUCUAUCGCCAGUGCUGCUAAAUUAACAGGAAACCAAUUAUCAAUCAAAGGUUGCAACUUUGUUGGAAGUUUAAUUGGUACAAGUGCAUCGGUCGUUUUAUAUACUAAUUUGCAGAGUCAAUUAUGUCAGCUUCCUGUAUUCAAACCCAACGACAUUGUUACUUGUACCUCUCCAUUUGUCGCAUCGGCCACAGGUGUCGUUGUCAUUAUCCAAGGACAAGAAUCUGACAAGUUCAAUUUUGAUGUAUCAAUUGUUGGACGUGUCUACCUCGACCGAGAUAAUAAUAAUAUGCUUUCACAGGGUGACCAAAACAUCGAUGCACAAGUUGUAGUUACAUUGACAUCAACCGAUGGUCAAUUUACUCAAUCAUUGAUCACCACAACGUCAGAGUAUAUGUUUGCUGGAAUUCCACCUGGAGACUAUAAAAUCAAGGCUACUUCACCAGGUAUCUUAUUCCCUCGAGAUACAUUCGCAGUCUCUUUAAUUGCCGGCAGCGGUACAAGAACUUUGGAUUUUGGUGGCUAUACAAAGGUUGGAACCGUUGGAACGGUCACCUACAAUCAAGAAACUUUAAAUAUUCAAAACAAUAUGAAUGUUGGAGUGUAUGGUUGGUGUUAUACAACAGAAUGUCAGACCUCCUAUUCUUACAAUAUUCCAUCGGGAUCUACCGUUUACAUAUCAACUACUACAGGUCAAGUUUAUCUUUACACAAAUACUAUUCGUAUUUAUUUGUAUGAAGAUAAAAAUUUAAAUUUAGUAUUUGAUCAAGCUACUGAACCUUUAAUGGCGGGUUUACAGUCAACUGUUGCUGACGGACCAACUAUACAAACUUGUAGUGGUAGCGGUUCUGUUUGUACUGUUUACUGUACUAAAGGUGUUUGCACUGUCACGCCUGGCGCCUCUCAAAUCUACACAAGUAUCUAUGGCAGCAUUGUUGUUGAAUUUAAUACAAUGUCCUUGGUCGAUCAACAAAAAGAUAUCUAUGUUGCAUACUUUGGCAAAGCACAAUAUCCUCGCUCUACUCAAAUAGAGACCACGAGUAAUGGAGUCGUUACCCUUCCACUUGGUACAUUCUCACUUGCUAUGGCUUCACCCAUGACAAGGGUUAUUCCAACAUCCAACACUCUUGUUACUAUCUUGCACCAAGGAGUUACCUAUUCAUAUACCCAAACAACCAUCAUCAACUUGUCCCCAUCUCCCACCAUUACUGUCUCAGUAUCUCCACUUGGAAUCCUACAAGGAAUAGUACUCAGCCCCUAUGGACAAUCUAUAGUGCUAACUGAUAUUCCCAAUUCAAUUACACCAUACAUUUCUGUAAAUGAUAAGAUCGAGUCUUUUGCAUGCCAACCAACAGAUUUAUUAGGAGUGUUCCGUUACUGGACUUGCACGAUCCCAAGAUUACGACCAAUCUCACCAAAUGCAAGAAUAUACGUCAAAACCAACGACUGGCUUUUAAAUUCCUACCCAGUUUCCCUUACCACUGUUACUGUAUCUGGUUUGGUAUUCCAUGAUACCAAUCUUAAUGGAAUCUAUGAAAUUGGUGAAAAAAUUAUUCCUGGAGUUCGAUUAGAAAUUUACAAUGUAUCUUCGUCUUUUACUUUCAGUACUUCUACUGGUUACACAAUGCAAACAAAUAGUUUUAAUUACAUGAAGGCUAUUAACGCUUUUGGACCAACUGCCGAAUACCCCACUCAAACAUCGGUAGCAUUCUACCCACUAGGAGAUUCUCCCUCAAAGGAUUUUACUUCUUAUACCUCUAUCAAUGUUCCAAUAAGAAAAAUCAAUGUAAAAUGUAAUGGAUAUUUAAUUUCAGGAACGAAUCAAAUUGAAUUUUUUGAGGGAACAAUUAACCUUUCAAAUUAUGCUGGAUGGUGUUUAGAAGGUCAAACUUGUCAAUACCCAAUCACAUCGGUAUCAAUGCCCUCUAAUUGCAUACGAUUAAAUAAUAGUGACAAUACUAUUACUAUUAUAGAAGGUAUCAACAUCAGAGUCGACCUUUAUGACGAUGUUUUUAUUAGAACAGGCCUGCCCUUUGGAGUAUUCCAACCACUCGCUUAUCCAAUGUUGGUUCGAACGUCGUUUGUUUAUCAAGGCAGAGAGAUCACAGUCGAAAAACUUUCUUCUUCAAUGGCAAUCGUUCCAGUCUCUAGUGUGCCUGGUCAAUUGACAACAUUAUCGAUUGUUGCUCCACCCCAGUCAUCACACCAAUAUUCCAUUAUGAAUGAUAUCAAGGUUAAUCCAAUCUAUCCAAUUUACCCCAUAGAAAUUGGAGUCGCCACCAAAUCCAAUCUGGAUGCAUAUGUCGUAUUGUAUGAUGUCCUAAACACCUCGCUUACACUUCCAAUGGGUGUUUAUGACGACGUUUUAACAAGACUAUCUUGGAACAGUAUUCGUGCAAGAAAAUUGAUUAUUUCAUCACCCGAUGUGGUAGUAUUGAUAUUCAAGAAUGACAUGACUUUGAUUGGUCCGUUCAGUUUCCCUCCUGGGUCAACCAACAAUGUCUUCACCAUCCCUGUCAACACUUACAUUUCCGUUAUCGAGGUGGCCCACAAGACUAUAUUCAAUACCAUCGUUCCAACUGAAGGUGGUCUUGUUCAAUUGCCUGCCAAUCCAUUCCAAUCACGAUCAUUGUCACUACAUAUGGAAGGAGUACAACUCAAGUGUUCCGAAAGUCUCUUUUGUUUAUUCCCAACGUUGCCUGCAUCUGACAGACAAUUGGUCGUCAAAUUGCAACCUGGAAACAUUCAAUUGUACACCACCUAUACCAUUACCUAUCCAGUUAGAUACUCAGUUCCCACCGUACCAUCAACCUAUCUCGAUUCUUAUGGUCCAAACAAAACACUGCCAAUAACCUUUGGCAGUAAUGCCAGGUUAAGCUCUAUUUCAAUUGACAACUAUCGAUAUACAAAUGUUUUAUUGAGAUCACAAGCCUUGAUAAUAGAAUCAGUUGAAAAUCAAACGGCCACUGUUAUUAAUAGCUUUGCAAUCUCGAGCUUAAGUUACCCAAUUACCGUAACCAUGACAAACACCUCUUUCUCUGUAAACUGGGGUUCGUCAUCUAAAAUCACCUUUAUCGAAGGUGUAGCAAUGAGAUAUUUCUCAACUCAUCCUGAUGGUGCAAUGGUUCAAGAUGAAUUGGGAAGAGUAUUAUGGGCAAGGUUUAGAGCUUCCAUCACAGAAUAUUCAAUGUAUGGACCUCUUGGAUCAGGACUUGGUUAUUUGGAUUGUCUCGACCCAACUAGAAAUACUCUAAGUAAUACUCAAACUAUUGGAAAUGGUUACUAUUCAAUCUAUGUUCAACAAAACUAUGGUUUCACCCUUAAAGAUGGAAUUGGUAAUCAAAUGUGGACAGGAACCACCUUUUUACCUACUGUGCAAACCAAACUUGUUUUCUAUGCUGAUGGUGAUCUAUGCUCUGUCAAUAGUGCAGGUGUAAAAGGAUGGUGUACCUAUACCGCUGGACUUGGAGGUCGCUAUUUCUUGGUUGCUCCCUAUGGAUAUGUUCAAGGACACAACUGGAUGAUUUUCAUGCUAAAUGCAAACGGACAUGUUGUUUGGGCAAGACAUGAUGGAUCCACAAGUGUUUACAUGUUACCUGGGUCAUAUAUGGUUGCAGGACAAGCCCUCAGAAAUGGUCAGUUCCUAACCAAUGGUCUCGUCUAUAUGGUUUAUGAUGCAACAGCAGGAUAUAUUAAAUAUCAUCGUGAACCACCAGGACAUCCAAACAAGAUUCCCUUGUCUCAAACACAAUGUAUUGGUAAUAUUCUACUACUUUCAGGAACAACACCUCAAUGUUUUAACGAUCAAGACCCAAGUCAACUAUCUACCGUCACCACCACUCUUGCAUACUGGGGUAUAAAACCAGGUCCCUCCAUCAAUUUUGAAACUCGAUUAAAGACAGCAUUCUCCUCAUCUGCCACUUUUAUUGACCAUUCAUUCUCACCAAUUUUACAAGAUCUCAUUCAAGGUCAAGUUUUCAUUGAUCUCAAUCGUAAUAAUAUAAUGGAUCAAAAUGAAGUUGGACUCUUGGGUGUCGCCGUUUCGAUUGGUGUAUCAUCAACCACCACAGACUUGGGAGGUUUCUUUUCUCUUCGAUCCCAUCAAUCCACUACAGAGAAACUUAAAUUCAUCAAUAUUCCUUCUCAAUACUAUACUCCAAUACCAGAAUUGACUCUCUACCAAAUUAGAUUUAAUAGAGAUAUUCCACUUUAUCAAAAAGGAAAUUGUUAUGGAUACUUAAAUUCAAGUGAAAAUAGUAAAUUAUAUUUGGAUGUUGGUACUUUUAGAUUAAGUGAUUUUGGUUGGUGUACAUUGAACAAAGCAUGUGCCAAUAGAAUGCAAACCUAUUCAUUCCCAGACCAAUGUUUGGUUAUGUUUGGUGACAAUAAUAAUUUUGUAUCAAUUAGUCAAAAGACAUUUACAAUCAAUCUCUACAUUGAAUCGAUAUCAUCACCAACUGGCAACCUUCCACUGUCUGCCUAUAAUCCCAAUUUGUUAUCUUCAAAAGUACAAAUAUAUGUCGCUGGCAUUUCAUCACCUAUAGAAUUGACUCCAAACGUAAACACCAAUUCCUAUGUUUGGGGUAGUUCACAAGGUAUUAGAAUACAAGUCACGACGAAUCCUGGAACCAUGUCACUUUUGAAUAACAUUCAUUUGGUUGCCAAUUUAACAAAUAAUGUUAUUUUUAAUGUUCCAAUGAUCAAGACCAGCAGAAAUCAAGAUCUGACAAAUCUUGCUAUCUUUGGACAUGUAAACCAAUCUGCAGAGCUGAUCCUUCCACCUGGUCACUAUACCAACACAUUUAUUGGAAUGUUGGGAUGGAUAAACCGACCCAUCUCCUUUACUACAUCCAACACUGAAAUGCAAGUGUACCUAUUUGGAACAUCAGGACAACCUAUUACACUCACAAGUAGAAAUGGUACCUCUAUUCCAAUUCCUACCAAUCUUGGCAUCUCCCAAAUUCAAAUUGCACCACCCGACACGUCGUUCUCUAUGACAACCAAGAUGACAGGAGGCUAUUAUCAAUUUACCGAUCCAUUCCCAUUGGGUGUUUAUAAAUCACUCUACGUUGGCAAUUUCUCAACAUCUAUCGCUUGUAGUGAACAAUUAUUAUGUUAUAUUCCACCUGUGGGUAUCGGAAAUCAAUUAUUGUUUAUCCAAGUAAACAAUGUCAUUCUCAAUAGAACCUUUACCAUCACAUAUAAUGACCCAACACCAAGUCCUCCCACUGUUUAUCUAGAACAAGGUCAAUCAAUUGGACCACUUGCUACACUCAGAUCAUCAGUUGACAGUCAAAUUGGUUAUUCCGAGAUUUCUGUGACCGACAAGUUGGUAGUAUCAAUCUAUGAUGGUGCUGGAAAUAUUCUAAAUUCCUCUACUAUUUUACCUGUCAGCUUAAUUGCACCCUAUACUGCUGUUGUCACCAACACUGGCAUUUGUUUAAAGGGUACCGGUGUGCAAUUACAGUGUGGUCAAUUUAAUAGACCAGCCACCAAUAGUAAUAGCAAGGUAUUGUCACUUUAUCCACAAGGCAUCUUUUAUCAUUCCAAUGGACUGCCUACAAGCAACUUUACAUGGGCAUACACAAGACCAUACUCGUUUAAUCUCUAUGCAACAUCGUACAUGUCAACUGGUAUUACCUAUCUCGAUGUCCAAUCCAAUCCCACCCUCAAAGCAGGCAAUUUUAUUAGCAACGGCUUCCAAUUCCUCAAACUCACAGGUUCAGGCACCGUAGUGAAAUUGACCGUCGAGUCGCUAAAUCAAGAGGUAUGGUCCUAUGAAACUUCAACGAUCUUUCCUGCCUCUGGCGUUGUGUUAGAAAUCACACCAAAUAAUCUUUGUAUGCAAGGUAUUGUCACCAAGUGUGCAUUGCCAACUUUCCCAUCCAACAUUAAUCCUAUGCUCCGUGGUCGAUACUUGUUUUUAGCACCCAAGGGUACUUUUAGCGGUUUGGAGUGGGCUCUUUUGUUUACCGAUUUGUAUGGAAACAUCAUUUGGGGUCGUUAUGCAAUGGCCCUCUCGGUCACUCAAUUCUUCUUGCCUGGAAGCUAUCUUGUUCCAGGACAAAUCCUUCGACCAGGCGAGAUCCUAUCCAAUGGCUACACAUUAAUACUUUUUACAAAGCCAUCAUCACAACUCGUCAAAUAUUACAUGGGUGAAUGGGGCUCCACCGCUGUAGGUGGGACUUCCAACCUGCUAACUAUUCCAUCUGGUCAUGAUGGUUGUUACUUGUCAGGAACGUCACUUGUAAGUGGAAAUACCCAAUCUCUACCUUCUCUCGUACCAACAACUGCCAAGUUGUAUGGUAUACAAGCAGCAUACAAAUUUGGCAGUACUUACGAAAUGAACCCUGAAAUCAUUCUACAAGCACCAACAUCACAAGUCCAUCCUCAAGAACGUUUGGCCAAGCGAAAAAUAACUAUUGGUGGAAAGGUUGUGAUUGUCCAAAGUGCACAACAAUAUGUCGGUUUGUCUGGUAUCACUGUUACCUAUCUCGGUCAACAAACUGUGACCAACGAAUUGGGAGAGUUCUUGUUUGAUAUAUAUUCUCAACCCCAAGCAUCAAGAUUUGUAUUUUCCAAUAUCCCUUCAAAUAUUGUAAUGCCAAUAUCAUCAUUCCCAGUCCCAUCGGUAUCUGAUUUUAACAAGAUGUUCUUUGCCUUUUCAAAGAGCUCAGAUACUCGUUGUUCUCUGCAACUCGAAUCAGAGGGAGGAGAAACAAUGCAGAUUCAAAUGGGAACUGUCGACCUUUCACUCUUUGGUUGGUGUUAUCAAGAUUCAUGUGCUUUCCCAGUGACAGACCUUUAUCCAUCAUACUCUAAUCAACAAAAGUGUCGUUCCACCUUUACUCCAAAUAAUAAUUUAGAACUUUCUUGGUGUGAUUCUUGUUAA